GAAUUCCUCAGAGGCAGUUGGAUCCCUAAUCCAAGACGCACCCGGUGCACAAUUUACACUGUAUACCAUUUUUGAAUUAAAAAUCGUCAAAAAUAUGUUACCACUUACAUUUGCUAAACUGUAGGAAUCGGAGGGAUGAGACUGGAGAGAAUCUCGUUCACUGACAACCAAGCACAAUUUUAUUUUUUAUUUUUCAUUUUUUAAUUUGGCUGACAUUGCUCUGCCCUCAGAUCUAUUCAAACCCAAAUUAUUAAAAAAAAAAAAAAAAAUUGUUGAAAUUGAAAAUUUGAGCACUAGAUCCCUCAUAAAAAAAUAUUCUUCUUAGCCAAAUAGUCUACAAUCGUAAUUUUUUUCUCGAUUAUAUUCAUUGAAUUUUUAAAUUUUGGACGAAAAUGGAGACGCCCAGAGUGGUGGAUUUUCAUCACAAAAGCACGGAUAAGAGGCCCAGGAAACGACCUCGUUUAACAUGGGACAUGCCUCCCGCCCUUCCUCCCGAUCAUCCCAAGAUCCUUCCAACAUUAUACCUUGGAAAAGAGCUUGGGCCAGUCACCAAUUAUGCUUAUUCUUCUAUAUAUUACAAGGGGGUUCCCCACAAUGGUUCUCCACCAUGGAGGUCGGAUGAUAAGGAUGGUCACUAUGCUUUUGCCAUUGGCGAGAAUUUAACUUCUCGUUGUAAGUGUACGAGUUCUUUUAGAGCAUGCUCCUCGAACACCUUUGCUGUGAUAGCUUGUGCACUCUGCUAUACAUAUGUUUCUUCAGUUAACUAUGCUGUCACCCCUCCACUUCAACAAACUAACCUUGAUGUGGUAAUUUGUAAGCCUUAUUGUAGUACAAGAGUUGUGGAUUCAACUCUCACGUGUUUGAUGUUUCUUAUGAUCAAUGUGUCCCCCCCCCCCCCCUUGAUUGCAGGAACUUUUGGGCAAGUUCUUGAAUGCUUGGACAAUGAAAAGAAAGAGAUUGUUGCGAUUAAAAUUGUCCGCUCAAUACGUAAAUACCGGGAAGCUGCCAUGAUUGAGAUUAAUGUCUUACAGAAACUUGCAAGACAUGACGUUCGUGGCACACGUUGUGUGCAAAUACGGAAUUGGUUUGACUAUCGUAAUCAUAUUUGUAUUGUUUUUGAGAAGCUUGGUCCAAGCUUAUACGAUUUUCUACGCAAAAACAGCUAUCGUUCAUUUCCCAUUGAUCUUGUUCGGGAGUUUGGCAGACAACUUUUGGAAUCUGUGGCAUUUAUGCAUGAUCUGCGCCUGAUUCACACUGAUCUUAAACCAGAAAAUAUUCUUCUUGUUUCCUCAGAGUAUAUUAAAGUGCCUGAUUAUAAGUUCCUAUCCAGAUCUACAAAAAAUGCUACCUAUUUCAAAAAUCUGCCCAAAUCAAGCUCUAUAAAGCUUAUUGAUUUCGGCAGCACUACAUUUGAACAUCAGGAUCAUAACUAUGUGGUGUCUACACGUCAUUAUCGUGCUCCGGAGGUUAUUUUAGGUCUUGGAUGGAACUAUCCUUGUGAUAUGUGGAGUAUAGGUUGCAUACUUAUUGAACUGUGCACUGGAGAUGCACUUUUCCAAACUCACGAGAACCUGGAACAUCUUGCUAUGAUGGAAAGGGUUUUGGGGCCACUGCCUCAACAUAUGAUGAUGCAAGCAGAUCGGCAGGCUGAGAAAUAUUUUAGAAGGGGUGCAAAGUUGGAUUGGCCUGAGGGUGCAACUUCAAGGGAAAGUAUGCGGGCAGUUUGGAAAUUGCCAUGUCUUCAGAACCUGAUCAUGCAGCAUGUAGACCACUCGGCUGGAGAUCUGAUUAAUCUUUUGCAAGGGCUUUUACGGUAUGACCCUGCAGAGCGGCUCAAAGCAAGAGAAGCUCUAUCACACCCCUUCUUCAUAAGGGACCUGAGAAGGGGUUUCUAUCCUUUCUGAUUGGAUCAUCUCAUCAGUGCUUUCUAGUGGGAGUCCAAAUGUGACCAAGCCCCACAGGGAAAAGAAAAUCCACUUCGCGUUAAACCAAAAAAGGAAAAGAGAAAAAACAGAAGGGGAGGGGAAAGAGUACACAAUGAAGAUUAGCUGCUGUUAGUGUCAACUUCUGAUGCACUUGAUCUGCUGACCUGGUGUUUGUAAGUAUGCGGUUUUCUCAGCUGUUUUGUAUAAUUCUCUCAUUUCUUUUGUUGCUUUAUGAUUAAUAGUAUGAAAAUGUCUCCAUUUUAUGAAGUCGCCGUUACUAUCCCAUCGUUUCCUCUGCUAGUCAUGAUUUGAUGUGAAGAUUCGAAGUAAUAUAAUUUCUGAUUAGAGAAGGUUAAUAGCGAGACUUUUCAUUUUUUUCCAGUUAAAAAAACUUUUCCUCUAUCAACUUAUAGCGAAGUUUCAUGGUAGUCACCAAACUUUGUUUUGUUUUAUAGUGGUUAGUGAAGUUUAAUUUGCUUUA